AUGGACUGUGAAAGUAUUUAUAAUUUGCUUAUACGUAAAGAAAGCUGCUGGAAGCAAUUUGGAUUUCCCGCUGUUAUUGAUGAUAAAGGUGCUGUAGUUACAAAAUUAGACAACUUGUCUCGUGUAGCAAUUGCUAUGCAAAUAAAAAAAGCACUUGAACCUUAUGGUUUUACCUGUAUAUCACAACUAAAUUUUGUUAAUGACAGAGAUUCAAAUUUUAUUAAAGCACUCCAACCGUAUUCACCAAUAAAUCGUGUACGUCAUAGGCUAAAUAGUGUUAUCAACUCAUGUUUUUAUCAAACGGGCAAAAUUAAACGUAAAACCGAUAAUGAUAUUCCAAAUGAAGCACUUGAAUUAAUUUAUUCAUCAGAUUCUGACGAUGAUACUGAUAAUUAUGAUCGCUAUGCUUUUGUAGUAUCUUCAUUUGGGUAUGACUUAGCUGAUGUCGACUUGAUUGAUAUUUCGUCAUCUGCAAAUAAUACUCUGAAAUCAAUUCCAUUUUUUAAAACUCUGAUGAAGUUUUUGAGAAAAAAGGUAAGAGUUAAACCACUUAUUCAAAUGCAGUUGCUAAAAGGUAUGAUAAAAAAUGUAACGAUCAGAACCAACUGA